AUGACUGAUGUAUUAAACACAGACGGUCCAUCGAUCCUCAACAGCUUCGAUUCGGACUUUGAGAAGAAGAAAAAAUUGGUAUAUACUACUGAUUACUUAAGGCAGUUUGACCAACAAGGCAAGGACAAACAACAUACUCAGCAAGCGCAACAACAACAACAACAGCAUCAUCAACUCCAGGAGCGAUCACUUCAACAGCAUGAGUAUGACCAACAACACAAAGAUAGACAGUUGGCCGAGUACACCUCGAUCAUCCACAAGCUCAAAGGAAUCAUAUUGCACUCCAAGGAUGAUAACCUCAUCAAUACUAUGAAGUCCACUCUUAAUGAGUAUCAACAUGGUAAACAGUUCUUGAUUGAUGACUACUCUCAUAGAGUACCUUCAAUUCAGAACUUCUCCUACAUUGAUCAGCCACUGUUCAAUUCAUACACACCAUUCCCAAGCAAUGGACAACCAACCAGCAUUCCAAUUGUCAGCGGACAAUUGCCACCGUUGAGAUCACCAAGAAAGGUAGAGAUCCAACCUAUACCAGUAACACCUCUGCCCCAAGCCAGCCAGACUGCUGCGCCCACCUUCAAGUCACCAAGGAAGCAACCGCCUCCACAACAACUGCCACUUCAGCAGCAGUCCAACAACUCUGCCACCACAACACCAAAUAGCGCCACACCACAAUUCCAAACACCCAUCUCCGUAUCACCAUCAACAUCAUCCUCCAACAUUGCUUCUAUUCUUGGUCCACAGGCAGGCGGUGCCAAGACCAUGAAGAAGUCGCCAUCAAUGCCCGUGAUCGUCAAGCAGACCAAGGACGCACCAGCACCUUUGGAGGUCAAGGCCCCUAUCAGGCCCGCACUCAAGUCUUCCAACAGCAGCUCCAACAUCACCAACAUUGGACUCAAGAAGGACGACCCCAUCAAGAAGGUUGGAUCGGCCGCCGACGCACCGCUGAGGAAGCCCAUGACCAAGUCCGUGUCGAUGAGCUCGAUCAACACGUCCAACAUUAACGACGCUAACAUGCCCAUCAAGGCCACGACGCUCGAGGAGAUCACCGGCCAGAUAUAUCAUCUCACCAAGUACCAGGCCGGCUGCAGAUUCCUACAGAAGAAGCUGGAGGAGUCGCCCGACGCCGAGCACGUCACGAUGAUCUUCAAGGAGGUCUACGAGCACCUCAUCGAGCUGAUGGUCGACCCCUACGGCCAGUACCUCAUCCCACAGCUCAUGAAGUACUGCGACAACAACCAGAGGAAGAUGAUCGUGGACAAGAUCGCGCCCAAGGUCGAGACGUUUGCCUGCCACAUCUACGGCAUUCACGGCAUCCAGAAGGUGCUGCAGUACCUUGCGCCAGAGCAGGUGCAGUCGAUCGUGGACUCGAUCAGCGACAAGGUUAUCAGCCUGUCCAAGGACGCCAAGGGCAACUACCUCAUCCAGUCGUUCCUCAAGCAGUUCUCGCCAGAGGUCAACCAGUUCAUCUGCAACGCCAUCAUGGACAACGUCGUGGAGAUCUGCACGCACAAGGUCGGCUGCACGGUGGUCAACCGUUGCAUCGACUUUGCCAACAAGGAGCAACUAGAGGCACUGAUCAAGAAGAUCAACUCUCAUUCGCUGGAGCUUGUACAGGAUCAAUUCGGCAACUACGUCGUUCAGCACUUGCUCUCGAACAACAAGUCCUACGCAUCCCAGCUAAUCAAGAGUCUGCUGGGCAACAUUGGCGAGCUCUCUGUCCAGAAGUACAGCUCCAACGUCAUUGAGAAGUGUCUCCAAGUGGCUGACACCGAGACCUACGAGUCCAUCAUCAAGGAGCUCAUGGAGGCAGACAUCCUCGUCCUCCUCCAAGACAAGUAUGCCAACUUUGUCAUCCAGACUGCACUUGACGUAGCCGACGAUCAACAACAUGCCAGACUUGUAAAGUUAAUCGUACCCUAUAUCCAUCAAAUUAAGACACCCUAUGUAAUACAUAUUCAAAAGAAAAUUCUUCAAGUCUAG